GCGGGGAAGAGGAGUGUCGCGCUUCGGUUCCGCCAGCCGUCGGACUACUGGCCUCCCUGGCCAGGACUCUUCCCAGACACCCGCCAUGGCGUCUCAGGGGCCGCGGGAGCCCGCGGGCGAGGGCAUCAAGUUGUCAGCAGAUGUCAAACCAUUUGUCCCUAAAUUUGCUGGGCUCAGUGUGGCAUGGUCAGAGUCUUCAGAAGCACGCGUUUUUCCCAGCUGUGCAGCCACGACGUACUAUCCAUGUGUCCAGGAAUUAGCAGUGCCUGAACAGAAACUCUAUGCUGAAGAUAUGGCUUUUGGAGCUUCAACUUUUCCACCUCAGUACUUAUCUCCUGAGAUCCCUCUUCAUCCGUAUGGCUAUUCUCCUUACACCCUGGAGUCGUCACGAAAUGUUUGCCCAGUGCCUGGCUCCCAGUAUGAUUACAACCAACCCCGUUGUUUCGGAGGUUUUCAAACCGUGAAGCCACGAAACAAGCACAUGUGCCCUCUCCCGCAAGACACAAAAGCUCUGUUUAAGAAGAAAACCUGUGAUGAGCAGAAGUUUGACGCUAAGAAGACUGAUGGACCUGUAUCAUCUGAUUUAAAAUCAGUUAAAAGUUCACCUCGUAUGUCCAUUCAUGCUGAGAAUAGUUUGAAAUCAGAUGGUUAUUAUAAACGAACAGACAGGAAAUCCAGAAUCAUUGAAAAAAGUGGAUCUGCGUCCAAACCUGAGUUUGAAUUUACCAGGUUGGAUUUUCCUGAACUGCAGGGUCGAGAGAACAGUGAGAUACCAGAGAUACAAAAGCAGCUCAAGUGGGGGCCUUUACGCUCUGCCUCUACUGACGCAGAGGGUGAAGUAGUGGUGAAAAAUAAUAAUCGGACCGAAUCUGUAACUGGUAAUGCUGCUACCAGUCCCUCUUCAUGUACGAGAGAAUUAUCUUGGACACCAAUGGGUUAUGUUGUUCGGCAGACAUUAUCUACAGAACUGUCACCAGCCCCUAAAAAUGUUACUCCCAUGAUAAACCUAAAGAUGGUUGCUUCAUCAGCAGAUCCUAAAAAUGGUAGUAUGUCAUCUUCUGAAGUUUUAUCUUCGGAGCCUUCGUACAAAGAGAAACAUGUUGUCCAUCCUACUAAAAAGUCCAGAGCAUCACAAGGUGACGAUCCUGAGCAAAAUGAAGCCUCAAGAAAGAAUAGGAAAAAGAAAGAAAAGUCUAAAUCAAAAUAUGAAGUCUUGACAGUUCAAGAGCCACCAAGGAUUGAAGAUGCCGAGGAGUUUCCCAAUCUGGCAGUUGCAUCUGAAAGAAGAGACAGAGUAGAGUCACCGAAAUUUCAGUCUAAACAGCAGCCACAGAAUAAUUUUAAAAGUAGUGGAAAGAAGAGCCAAAUUCCAGUACAGUUGGAUUUGGGAGGAAUGCUAACCGCAUUGGAAAAGAAGCAGCACUCCCAGAAUGCAAAGCAGUCCUCCAAACCAGUGGUGUUCUCAGUCGGAGCAGUGCCCGUCCUCUCCAAAGACUCCAUGUCAGGGAAGAAGGGCCACAGCUUUGGCCAGGUGAAGACCCCGCACAACCCCUUAGACUCCAGCGCCCCCCUGAUGAAGAAGGGGAAGCAGAGGGAGGUCCCCAAGGCCAAGAAGCCAACCUCGUUGAAGAAGAUUAUUUUGAAAGAGCGGCAGGAGAGAAAGCAGCAGCGUCUCCAAGAAAAUGCUGUGAGCCCAGCUUUUGCCAGUGACGAUGUGCAAGAUGGAGAGAGCGGUGGUGACGACCAGGCCCUCGGGCAGCCUGACCCCUCAGGGGGAACGGAAGAGUCGGUGUCCUGUGCUUCUGUGGCAGAGAGCAAGUCAGAAGACCGGCUGGGAGCUGAGCCCCAGAAGGAGGUGGAGGCCUGCCCCAAGAUCCACAGCCGGCGGUUCCGGGACUACUGCAGCCAGAUGCUCAGUAAAGAAGUUGACGCUUGUGUUACGGACCUGCUGAAAGAGCUGGUUCGUUUCCAAGAUCGUAUGUACCAGAAAGAUCCAGUCAAGGCUAAGACCAAACGCCGACUUGUGUUGGGGCUGAGGGAAGUUCUCAAACAUCUGAAGCUCAGAAAGUUGAAAUGCAUCAUCAUCUCCCCCAACUGUGAGAAGAUACAGUCAAAAGGUGGGCUGGACGACACCCUGCACACCAUCAUUGACUACGCCUGUGAGCAGAACAUCCCCUUUGUGUUUGCUCUCAACCGCAAAGCUCUGGGGCGCAGUCUGAACAAGGCUGUUCCUGUCAGCGUGGUGGGGAUCUUUAGCUACGAUGGGGCCCAGGACCAGUUCCACAAGAUGGUCGAGCUGACGAUGGCGGCCCGGCAGGCGUACAGGACCAUGCUGGAGAAUGCGCACUGGGAGCUGCCGGGAGAGCCUGGGCCCCUCGCACCCGCUAGCCCGCCCACGCAGGGCCCCAGCUGCUCUGCAGAGGACAGACCCCUGGCCCCUGCCGGAAAAGAGGAGCCACGCUACAUUGAAAUCUGGAGAAACCAUCUGGAAGCAUACACUCAACGUGCCCUGGAACUGGAGGAAUCGCUGAAGGCUUCGACCUCUCAGAUGAUGAACUUGAAUUUAUAAGAAUUCUUUCCUGUGUGUUUGUGUAUUUGGGGUAAGGGGGCAGGGGCUGAAAGACUUCGGGGUCUUUUUCUUUUUCUCAGUUCUUCGUUGACCUAGUGUGUGUUUUGUAUGACUGUUUAAUUGGGAAAUUAACCAGCAGUGUUUGUAGGCAUCCAAAAGCUGCGAGUCCCAUGGACGGGCACUUGGUAUGCUGGCGGAAACCUUUUCACAAAGCCUCGGGAUGCAGCCUUGGCCCUCUGAGUGCAAUAUGAGUCUGGAAAAUGCUGGAAAAGGUGGUGCUCGGAGUACUCUGCUGCUGCUAAGGGAACGUCUCUCCAUUGCAGAGUAGUGGAGCCAAGUUAGUUUGUGGAAAGCAGCGGGGGCCCGAGGUGACGUGGCUGGGAGGCGGCGGGGUUCCAGCCUGAUGUUCCCAGUCCCGGUGACCAGCACAGCCCUGCAGAAGCCGCUGGACGGGCACUGUGGGGGCCAGUGUUAGCGCAGGAGCGGUGGGGUGGGGAGGGGUGCCUUUCUCAGGUUGUGGCUCUUCAGCCAGAAGAUUUGGGGGUACUUGGAGGGUUUGCUAAAAUGAGCCUCAGGAGGAAAAUCGGUUCUCUAACCUGUGACCUUUUGACAUGAAUUAUUCCUUUUAUUCUUUAUUUCGCAGAGAAACAAAUGUAUAUUGAAGUUCCUAAAUUUCAGUUUUCAUAAUCUACAAAUAUUUUCUUUCUUUUGUAAGUGAACAUAUUUUGAAUGUGGUUUCUAUCUUAGAAGCCAGAAGGAUAGAAGUUUACUUUCAUAUUUUCCUGUAAGUAAGAGGGUUUAUUUAUUUUGA